AUGGCUCCUAGAACAUCGGGUGUUUCAUUGCCGCGACAUGGCGGCCUCGACCCAGACCUGUGGAAGCGUUUCAUGGAAGAUGAGCAGAUCAGAGCUGACUGUCUACCCCCAGUCAACGAGUCUCUCGACAUGGCUUCAGCGAAAGCGUCCAGUUCCAAGUCUCCUAAUGUCACCCUGACAGCUUCUGAUCAAGAACAAGCGAUGGUAUACCUCUUCGAAUUGUCCGUCGAGAGCAUACUGCACGAUAUCCUCCUGGAAAUCCACCAAGAAGAGAAGAUAUCUCGAAUGCAGACAGCCGUUGUGGAACUCGAGCAGAAAGCUGAGAAACUCCGCAGCAAGCUAGACAGCGAAGCCGAAAAUAAUACCGCAGACCAAUCUGUUGAGACAAAUGCUGCUAUUCUUAAGUCCGGUCAGGUCCAACUAAAAGGCAACCCAAUGAAGACGGUAAAGCACAUCAGAUGUCCCAAUUGCCGGCUACGGCGUCUAUUAUACCCCAGGGUCGGCUACAAUUCCCGCCCUGUUCCAGAUCCCACCGAACAAUACUGCAAGACCGAGCCCAUGAUCAUCGUAGACAAGCAUGAUGUCCACGGCCAACGCAAGAAGGGUGUCAAAGUAAAAGGCCAGCCUAAGAACAAGAAGAAAAGAAAGGACGAUCCUGGCUCUCCUGCGGCAUCGGAAAACUCCGAUCCGUUGACUCCGUCGUCUUCCAUGCCUGCCGACUCAUUCGAGUUCAAAGAGAUUGACUAUCCUGCCGCAAAAUGCCCCAACCGGGAGUCUCAUCUCGGCGAUCAUUGGAAAUCCGUCAACGUUUUCGCGACACACUUGAAUGGCAGCUGCUUCCUCAAGAAAGACCGGGCUGCGGGUCGUGAGGCUAAUGCAAAAAUUGGCGGGACUCCUCGCGACAGUCGCGCAAACUCACCCAAACCAGCCACCAACGGCGGCGUUAAGCGCAAAGCCGAGGAUGAUGAAAAGAGCGUGGGUAGUGGUCCCAUGAAAAACAAGAAGCAGAAGACCACUGCCGGAGAUGUCAAGAAGAUGGACAAGAAGGCACCGCCCAGUAAACUGAAGGAGGUCAACAAUAUUGGCGAUGAAGGCAGCCCCAACGCCAAGGACGCGAAUGGGGACACAAUACAAGUGACGCCCACCAAAUCGAUGAGGGACGCCAGCUCUGAGCCACAAAUCAAGCUCAAGCUGAAGACGGGUGCCGCCGCCGGUGCCGGGGAUGGCGGCGCUCGCAAAAAGCCGAGCAAGGCGAGCAAGAAAUGA